AAUCCAUCUGAUGUUCAACCGCAAAUUGUAGUUUCCCGUCGCACCGCCUUCCCCAUGUUCAUGAAACAACCAAGUAAGCCGAGGAAGCAGUCAUCCAAAUAAGUUUAGAAGCUCACUGAUAAUAUUCGUCUCCCGGAGAUGUGAACAUACUGGUGGUAAUUUUAGGAACACUCGUCAGGAUUACAAGCAUAAUCGUUUACAGUACACCCAAUGUGAUUUGACGUAAACGGACAUGGUCAACUAAUGCCAAGUGUACUUGCAACUUGAUGACCAUGCAGGCGAUCUCCUCAAAAUGUAAUCUACGUCAUAACCAAGAAAAAUAAUCUUGCGUAAUAUUAUUGAUUAAUGGGCAUCUUCUGUGAUAGCGAAUGAGCUUCAGACUGGACGUUGCUUUAUCUUUGUUAAUUGAUGACGAGGGAAUUAAUAAAGAGAGGCGAUCCUCGGGCGAUAACAGUUAUGAAAAUACGUAUAAACAGUACGUCAGCGAUUGUACGGUUAUUUCUUGGUAUAGGCAGUUUGUGUCAACUUGUGCAAACCAUAUCUUUUAUGGAAUAUGGAUCGUUGAACAUCUGCAUCGAAUUUGUGAGAUCUAUCUUCAUGAUAGUAGCUCUUCCAUAUACAUGUACAUGGCAGAAUGCCAUGAUAAUAUCUUUCUGUGUAAAAAAAAUGUCUGUUGAGAGUCGGAUGCUUUUUUUUCAUAAAAGCAUUUCUUCUGAAGAAAGAUAACAGAUAAGUGCUGAAGUGGGAGCAAGCGCUUGAGGAUAUGGAGUGCUCCUUUGACAUAUUUGACAACGAUGUUACUUAUAAUUCAUUACAAAUGAUGAUCAUGAUGAUGAUCAACCAAUAUUGAAUGGAUUUAUUCUGAACCACCAGCACAGGAUAUUUUGAGAUGCAUAAUAUGGAACAUUAUUAUUCAAGCCUGCCAGACACCAUGAUGAGCUAUCAUGAAACUUCUUCUCCAUCCUCGGUAAGGAACGAAGAUGAUGCGUCGAACACUGCCACUAUCAUAGCUGUUCUGGUGCAGGUCCUCAUAUGCAUAUGGACCAUUUCAGCAAAUGGACUAGUCUUACUGACAGUGUUCAGGUCUCGACAACUUAGGAGCGUUAUGACGUCAUUCCUCAUCAGUUUAGCAGCCGCUGAUUUCCUUCUGGGAGUUGGGAUGAUCCUAAGUAUAACCAUUACAUUAUGGGCCACGCCCUUCUGGCCUUGCCUAGUCACGUACAGUAUCCUGAUUGGACAGUGCGUCGCGAGCGUUUGGAGUCUAAUGGGCGUGGCCGUUGAUCGAUAUCUUCACAUCGUUGGCAACAAAUUGAAAUGGCGUAUCACUGAACCCUUCGCUCAGGUAUCUAUUAUGAUGGUGUGGAUUGCAUCGUUCAUAACCGCGAUUGUACCUCUUCUUUUACACUCGAACUCAACAGGUCGAUUUGAAGAGGGGAAAACUUGCUUUGACUUUACAGCUCUCUUUCCUAAGCUUUACCUCGAGUUUGUCUUCUACGGGCAUGAGUGUGUGCCAGUGUUGUUCAUGGGGAUCAUUUACUUCCGUAUUAUCAUCAUCCUUCUGCAAAGAGUUCGGCGUGUCGGUUUUGUAGGCGAAUCCUCAGUUAAUGAAAACAACGUCAUCAAAUCUAGAAAGGAACUCAGGGUCAUCAUCAAACUUGUAUUUUCACUCACAGUCUUCAAUAUGUGCACGUUCCCCAUGGUGAUAGGUAUUCUUCUUGAGAUUUACAACCCGAACUUCACCCUCUCACCGCUCACUCGGCUCACCAUGGUUGCUCUCACCUACUUAAACAGUGCCAUUAACCCACUACAUUUGUGGUUCUUCAACAUGCCGUUUCGCAGGAGCUGCGGACGUCUUCUACGCAAUGGAAGUCAGAUGCUCACGUCGUGCGCGUGUUUCCCUCGCCCUCCCACCAGGGUUUACAGCAUAAAUCCAAGUCGCCGGGGGAUUGAAACACUGCCGAGUCCUACUGCGUUACCAACUAUCAAUCUAACCACGUAUCACUGUGAUGAAAAGGGUUGUAAAAGGACACACCAUCAUGAGAAUAUACACCAUGAGAACAUAAUCCAUUUCCCUUCAACGUGUGACAAUGUUGAGAACAAAGAUACAUGUUCCAUUAAAGAGUUUGAAAAUAACCCGGAAUUACCAGGAAUGGUUCGAUUUGACGUAGAUAUCACAAGAUCAGAAGAAUCUACCGCGUCGUGAAAACUUUUCCACAUACCUACUUCCUUUCAAUUUUUAAAACCUUUUUCUUUGCCAUCCAUUUCACAAAGUAUAAGAAGACUAAAAUCUGAAUUUUGCAUUUCGAUAAUAAUUAUCCUUAUAAGUUAUAUUAAUAUAGGCUACAAGAUUAUUUAGAGCAAAAAUCAUGCUAAAAAGCCUUACUCUUAGGUUUCAAAAACACUUGACUGAGAUUGCCAAGAUCGUGCUUAUUUUAAUCAUCACUAGCAGGUGGAAAUUGAGGAUAAGCGAGUAAUAGGCCGAUGAUACACAUAUACGUCUGGACCGAGACCGGCGUCUGAGGCGGCUCGACUUAUGGGCAGAAAUCUCUCCUCAAAGGUGUGUGUGGGGGGGGGGGGGGGACACAACUGAGAUUUCCUUUGUUCUUAUGCAAACACACACACACCCAUACCCACACACUCUCUCUCUCUCUCACACACACACAAAUACAUAUAUAUAUAUAUAUAACUGUCACUUCUUCGCUUUAUUCUUAUAAGACAACAUAGAUAUAUAACAUUAAAAAUACAUUUAAAUACAUUUUUUGUAAUGAAAUUCAAUAAUGCGAGCGCGAAGCGCGAGCUGAAAAUAUUUGAUAUUUCUCACCUGCACGUGUAUCCACACUCACUCACUUCACCUGACCCUCUACCAUUUCCCCCUUUUUUUCUUAACAUUUCAAAUAAUUAUGUGACAUCAUUUUUGUAGACUCGUGAAGUUUUCUCUACAAAGGUUUUCAUGUAGCUCCCUUCCCCUGGCUGCUAUUCUCUCAAGCAUUUAGCUUACGAUAGCUGGCCACUGUAUUUUGUUUCAUUUGUUAUUGCUUACAUGUAUAUCUAUGUAAAUUGUUCUAUUAUGUAAUUAUCACAAUUUCUAAUUCUAAUUCUAUCAUUUAUUUUUAGAUUUGUUUAUAUGCAUUAUGAUUACUGUGAUUCAUGUAUUGAAUUAUUAAUAAAUGCAGAAACACCUGCAAAAAAAGGCAGACAGACAAUUGCAGACCUCCGACCAUGACUGUGUAACAGUAAGGGGUAUAAUGAUAUCGAGGCGACUUCAAAACUGAUGCAUGUGUAUCCGGGGGCUUACUAUCCAUUAACAUGAAUUGUUUAAAAAAACAGAAGAUUUUACAGAAAAAUAUACAAAAUCACUCUGUAAAUUGUUAUUAAAUUUUCUGCAAUUACCAGAAUAGAUCUCCUUUUAAAAGAAAAAAUAGUGUUAUGAAAGGAAGGUUUCAUACCCUAUGAAUUAUUAUUAUUACUUGUUUUUGUUGUUGUAAUUUUACACAAUAAAAGAAUACUGGUGUUCUCAAGUAUCCGCUUAAAAAGCUUUUCUGUUUAAACCUCUUGUAUAAUCCAAGUUAUUGUUUUUUAAAAGUAUUUUUAUGUAAGGAUUGUCAUAUGUUCUGUUUAUAGUUCGGUUUGUGAUGUAAUAUAUUAGUAUCAGUUAUAUAAGUCAAAAUCAUCCUAGUACUCUGACUAAGACUUAAUUCAAAACACUCGAGCUUUCUCAUAGUUAUGUUAUCCUUUCAUGAAUUAAAUCAUAUUUACGUUGUAUUCUCUGCUUUUCACGAACUUAAUGAUAAAUAAUCUAAUUUAAAAUACAUUCGUAAUUCCUCAAGGU